AUGCGAAGCCUCGUGAAAGCCUUUGUGAUCAUCAGUGUGCUGAGUCUCGCUGCGAGUGAUAAAGCAUCAGCCGGUCCGUUAGGCUCAGGGGCCAUUCCAUCUGACAACAAUGUCGACAAUCCCGCCAAUCUGACAAUGUACAACUCCACGGGCGCAAGCGUAGAUUCCACGAAUAGUACCGCCACGAACACUACCGAUAGCGGAACCACCACUCUUUUGUCAUCCGAUGCAACCCCAGCUAGCGAUGCUACUUCAUCUACAGGCGGCUCCUUUGCGUCUUUAGCAUCAAUUGGCGUUACAGAUGAUUCCAUUUCGAACUCUACCGAUGCAAACUCGACUCUCACCAACUCUUCCAAUAUCACAGCUGGGGUUUCGAACUCGACUGCUUUCGACGGAUCCGCAUCAAUUAAUGGUGCUUAUAAUGCAAGCGCAUCUCUUUUGACCGAUGAUGCCUCAUCAAAUAACACCACUGGGCUAUUCAACGAGACUCUAGCGUCUGUCAACAGUACCAGCUCUUCCCGCAACAACACCGAAGAUGCAGUGGCGUUAAAUGACUCUUUCUCCAUGGACAAUAGUACUUCGUUGCUCUCUGUGAAUGCGAGUGAUGCAUCCAAUGCGACCAUCUCACUCAAUUCUACAACUGAUGGAGCCAACUCAACCACCUUCAACAUAACUUCCAACUAUACUCAAGGCUAUAGUGGAGCGGUUGGAAGUGUGAGAACAUUUGUUCUCAGUCAAAACAUUAGCUGGUCAGAGAAGGACUUCAACAUAUAUGACAAUGGCGGUCCUCUCGCAUAUGUUAUUACAAAGGCAGCAGGAAUGAACGCAACUUCUGAAGACAUUGUCGUCAAGGUCGGUUCGACAGGCGAGAAGAAACUCCAAGUUGAUGCAGUUGAGCCACAUUUAAUCUUUAAAUGA